CCCCUUAGCUCCUGGUAAACUUGACGGGUCAUGUAGUUAGCUGAAGAGUUGUUGCCAAUCCGCCAUUCGAGGAAGAGCCCAGUGGCCAUUGACAAUUAGAAAAGCCAGAGUAGCCUUCCACGGGAUCCCUAGAUGCGACGUCCUAGUAGCUGACAGAUAGUUUGCAAGGUUUCCAUAGGGAGACCAAUUAUCAGACCAAAACCGUGUGUUGAUCCCAUUGCCUACUCGAAGAUGGUCCAAGGAAGUUACUCUGACGUUGUUGAAAGGGGAAAGGAUCAUAAAGAGAGGGGGGGAGUCAUGGGAGAUGUUAACGUAGACGACAACGACGCAAUUCUAAAAUCAUUCCUCGCCGAGGUCGGUGAAGUCGAGAGGGACAACGAAGUCGUCAGGAUUCUCUCAUGCUUCAAGCUAAACAACCCCUUUGAGCAUCUCAACCUAUCUUUCGAUUCUUCCACCGAUGAUGUUAAAAGACAGUACAGAAAGAUAUCUUUGAUGGUUCACCCUGACAAAUGCAAGCAUCCACAAGCACAAGAGGCUUUCGGAGUGGUUACGUUUUUUAUGGGUUUUGAACUUUUGAUUUACUGUACUGAACUACUGCUGAACGAUCAAGAAAGAGAUUAUAUUCUCACCCAAGUCCAUGCUGCUAAAGAAGAGCUUAAGAUGAAGAGGAAAAAACAGUUAAAGAAAGAUACCGCCUCAAAAAUAAAGUCCCGGGUCGAUGAGGGAAAGGAUGAGCAAAUAUAUGAGCAAUCUGAAGAGUUUCAGAAGGAGCUUAAGUUAAAGGUCCGAGAGAUAUUAACAGACCAAGAAUGGCGUAGGAGAAAAAUGGCUAUGAGGAUAUCAGAAGAAGAGAGAAGACUGAAGAAGGAUGAAGAAGAACAAAAGGAGAUAUGGAAGAAAAAGCGUGAGCAUGAAGCACAGUGGGAAGGAACUAGAGAAAAAAGGGUAUCAAGCUGGAGAGACUUCAUGAAAGCAGGAAAGAAGGCCAAAAAGGGAGAGACACGUCCUCCAAAAUUGAAGACAGAUGAUCCAAACAAAGGCCGGUCAAGAAAGGCUGAUCUCUUUGACUCUUUUUUUGCUGAUCUCUUCUUUAUCAGAAACAUGGAAGAGUUAUAUAAAUUUAUCUCAGUUCUCAAACGCUUAUUUACCUUUUAACUUUUGUAUUGAAACAUGGAAGAG